AUCCGAAAUCCAAAAUUGAAUGGAUCGGUUCGGAUUUCGGAUAUCCGAUCCGAAUGAACAGCCCUAGCUUGGUCUACAGUUUGAAGGGCAAUCAAGUUUCUGUAGUCAUUUCCUGAUGAAACUACUUUUACAAAAUCUGAUCGCCAGCCAUCCUAGUAUUUAUGUGUUAGACACAGCUGGUGUUUUGCCGGCUGAGAUUCUUGAUGCAGAGGUGUGCUCCAAUCUAGCUUUAACAGGUGCAAUCAGAGAUUGCUUGGUCGGGGAAGUGGAGCUUGCAGAAUAUUUUCUAUCCAUCUUUAACUUGAGUGAUGAAUACAAGAAAUGGGCCAAGUUGUCAUUAUCAGGUGCUGAUGAUAGUUCUGAGUUGGAGAGAAGACAAAAGAGACAAUAUUUAACAGAUCACACGCAGGUUAGCAGUUCAAAAGGAAAUUGGUUAUAACGUCUUUCUUUCCUCUUUGCUGUAUGUUUGUUUUGUUCUUUAGUCAUUUGUAAUGAAACUGCUCUUACAAAACUAUAUUCAUGUUUUAGAACAUGAAUAUAGUCCAGUUUUUAGUUUUGAGUUGUCUAAAUGAAAAGAUGUGGCAACUUUAGGGGGCUGUCUAUG